UAACAUUUGACGGCAGGCACCAGAACUCCAGAAGCUCCUUUCCCCGACAUCUCUCUCGUUCACUGAGUGUGGUGACUGGCGAGGCUAAUAGAAGGAGAGCUUCAUAGAUGGCGGGAGGGAAGAUCAAGAAGGAGAAGGGAAAGCCACAGCAACACACGCCUUACCAAGGAGGCAUAUCCUUCCACAAAUCCAAGGGUCAGCAUAUCCUCAAGAACCCCUUACUCGUUGAUGCUAUAGUCCAGAAAUCUGGCAUCAAAAGCACUGAUGUCAUCCUUGAGAUAGGUCCCGGUACGGGCAAUCUCACCAAGAAGCUUCUGGAAGCCGGCAAGAUGGUUAUCGCUGUCGAGAUUGACCCGCGCAUGGUUCUCGAGCUUCAAAGACGUUUCCAAGGCACUCCUUACUCCAACCGCCUCAAGGUUAUCCAAGGAGAUGUACUGCGGACGGAACUCCCUUAUUUUGAUAUAUGUGUAGCAAACAUUCCCUACCAAAUAUCUUCUCCACUCACUUUUAAGUUACUCAACCACCAACCUGCAUUUCGAUGUGCAAUCAUAAUGUUCCAGAGAGAAUUUGCCAUGAGACUGGUUGCUCAGCCUGGUGACAAGCUCUAUUGUCGUCUUACUGUCAACACACAACUCCAUGCUCGAGUUUUCCACCUUCUUAAAGUUGGGAAGAACAAUUUUCGGCCUCCACCAAAGGUUGAUUCCUCUGUAGUUCGAAUUGAGCCCCGAAAACCCCGUAUCGAUGUUAAGCAAAAGGAGUGGGAGGGGUUUUUGCGGAUUUGUUUCAACCGAAAAAACAAAACCCUUGGCUCCAUUUUUAGACAGAAGAACGUCCUCUCUUUGCUGGAGAAGAACUACAAGACCGUGCAGGCAUUAAAACUCUCACAAGGAGGUUCCGCAGAGGAAACAGAAGCUAAAAUGGACUUAUCCAGUUUUGGUGAUUCUUUUGUGGAUCAAGGCAUGGAUAUGGAUGAUGAUGAUAAUGAUGACAUGGAUGCUGAGGGUGGGGAUGCAGAAGAGGAGCAAUCUGAAUUCAAGGAUAAGGUUUGGGUGUUCUGAAAGAAGGAGAUUUUGAAGAGAAGAGAUCGUCCAAGCUCACACUGCAGGAAUUCCUUUACCUACUGUCUCUAUUCAACAAAGCUGGAUACACUUCUCUUGAUUAGAGUAGAUUCUUCAAACAUGAAUCUGAACGGUUAUUAGCCAUUUUUUUGAGGACAUGGUUAGACUAGAAUGAAGGGUCGAACCAGUUUUGCUGAUUAUUUUCAAUUUCUUUGAGUGUAUACCAUGCGAGUAUAAUUUAUAGCGGAUUGGAGUUAGAAUGGGGUUCUUUUGUAUUGUUUUUUAUGAGGUCUGUAAAGGCAGAUAAUUUGUGUUUUGUUUAAAACUUUUGUUCGACGUUUACAGUUACCCUUAUCUUUGUGCUCUGAUUACCAAUAUAAUAGUUCUUUAAAUCAGAGCUGAUGAUGAAGGCGCACUUUGUUCAUAUAAAAUUAAACCGGCUUAAUGAUAUUUAUUAAAUGUUAUUUGUAUUUAAUUUGAA